AUGACUAUUUCGCAAAACAUUGUUGAACGAUCUUGGAAUGCAUUACUCGACGUUAUCGGUGAUGAUCCAGACAUGCUGUACGUUUGGUACUUAACAUUUUACAUUUAUGGGCUGUACUGGACCGUGGGAGGACUUUUCUUAACGAUGGACCUCACGAACCGGCCCAAGUUCAUGCGCAAGUACAAAACCCAACCAGGAACCCACGAACCGUUAGAAUGGGCACGCGUAAAACGGCUCAUCAAAACGGUCGCUUUCAAUCAGAUCGUUCUUGGCUUUCCAAUGAGUUACGUCAUUUAUCAUGCUAGUAAAAGGUUCUACAGCAUGCCGGAUGUCCGUGUUGUGCCCUCCCUUGGUAUUUUCCUACGGGACAUUAUCAUAUGCCUUUUGGUAUGGGACGCCGCGUUAUAUUACAUACACAGGAUGUUCCACAGUCGCCACUUUUAUCAGCGCUUCCACAAACUGCACCACGAAUGGCGAGCGCCGGUGGCGAUGACGGGCAUGUACGUUUCUCCGUUGGAGUUCGCGAUCAGCGCUAUGCUACCCCUGUACCUUGGGCCGGCUAUUAUGCAUUGUUGCCUAUUUACAACGACUAUUUGGCUAACGAUCGUCGUUUGGGACAACCUAGGAGAUCACACCGGUUACCAUCUCCCAUUCUUGGGUAGCUCCGAAGCACACGAUUACCAUCAUCUGAACUUCAAUCAGUGUUAUGGUAACUUUGGCCUAUUGGACCGUCUCCACGGUACCAAUGACGAGUUUCGCAAAAGGAAGGAAUACCAAAGGCACCGUCGUAUUUUUGGCUUCGAAUCCGCCAGGGAACUUGUGCCGGAGAAAUAA